AUGAAGCUCUAUACGUACCCCGGAAACUAUCGCGUCUUCAAGGUGCUUAUUGCCGCCGAGUAUAACGGCGUCGACAUCGAGCUGCCGGAGUUCGAUUUCGCCAAGGAUAUUAAGUCCAAGGAGUUUAAGGCCAAGACUCCUAUCGGCAAGGUCCCGAUCCUUGAGACUGAGGAGGGCACCCUCUUCGAAAGCGGUGCUAUCGCCCGCUAUGUCGCUCGCCUGCGCCCUGACACGGGUCUGUACGGUAAGACGUUCUUCGAGUCUGGUCAGGUGGACGCCUGGAUCGACUUCUCCGCCUACGAGUUGGAGGUUCCUCUUGAGGUGUGGGUGCACCCCAUCCUUGGUGUUGGCAAAUUCAACGCCGCCGCCCUUACCAAGGCUAAGGCUGAUGUGAAGAAGGCUCUGCAAACCCUUGAGAACCACCUGCACCUCCGCACUUACCUGGUUGGUGAACAGGUGACGCUAGCCGACAUCGUCGUGGCCUCGGCUCUGGUGUACCCGUUCAAGUUCGUGCUUGACAAGGAGUUCCGCAAGCCGUACUCGGCCGUGAACCGUUGGUUCUCGACGCUGUCGUCGUGCGAUAGCACGCGCUUUUUUGUAGUGCAUGGCAUUUCUGGUGAUCCGGUGGAGACGGGUGGUGGUGGUGGUGAGAAGGACCUUGAUGGUGGUGUGGUGGGUUGUGCGGGAUGA